AAUUAAAUUUAGGUGAAUCAGUAUUUUUUUUUCUAUAAAAAGGUUGAUAUUAUAAGAGUUGGCAAUUGACAUAAGUGAAAUUGAGCAUCAGCAGCUGGAGCAGGAAGAGUGAUGAAUUCGCCAGAAGAAUGUUGCGGUAGGAAGAAGAUGGAGAAAGAUGUUCAUGUGACGUUUCUUGAGAUGAUGUAUUAUUUGCUUCCAUCCGCAUAUGAAUCCCAAGAGAUCAACCAUCUCACUCUCGCUUACUUUGUCAUCUCUGGCCUUGACUUCCUCAACUCUCUUCAUUCUGUUGAGAAGGAAGCUGUUGUCAAUUGGGUUCUGUCUUUCCGAGCUCACCCUGGGACUCAAUCUGACAUCAACGAUGGACAAUUCUAUGGCUUUCAUGGUUCCAAAACUUCACAAUUUUCUCCAAAUGAAAAUGGGGUUUUGGUCCACAACAAUAGUCACUUGGCAAGUACUUAUUGUGCCAUUGCCAUAUUGAAAAUUGUUGGAUAUGAAUUGUCCAGUCCUGAUUCUGAAUCAAUUGUGACUUCCAUGAGGAACCUUCAACAGCCUGAUGGAAGUUUCAUGCCUAUUCAUACUGGAGGUGAAACAGAUCUUCGGUUUGUAUAUUGUGCUGCUGCCACCUGUUUCAUGCUGGAUAACUGGAGUGGCAUGGACAAGGAGAAAGCCAAGGAUUACAUAUUACUUUGUCAGUCUUAUGAUGGUGGCUUUGGAUUAGUUCCUGGUGCAGAAUCUCAUGGUGGUGCAACUUAUUGCGCUAUUGCAUCUCUUCGAUUAAUGGGAUUCAUUGAAGAUAAUAUUCUGUCAAGUUCUGCUUUGACUUCUUUGAUAGAUGUGCCAUUGCUGCUGGACUGGAUCUUGCAGAGGCAGGGGACCGAUGGUGGAUUUCAAGGUAGACCCAAUAAAUCUAGUGAUACGUGUUAUGCAUUUUGGAUUGGAGCCGUUUUGAGGAUUCUAGGGGGCUACAACUUUGUGGACAGUAAAGCUCUACAUGAAUUUUUACUUUCUUGUCAAUAUAAGUAUGGUGGUUUCAGCAAAUUCCCAGGAGAGUUUCCAGACCUGUACCACUCCUACUAUGGAUUUACUGCUUUCAGCCUGUUGGAAGAAUCUGGCUUGAAAUCACUUUGUUCUGAACUUGGAAUUACAGGAACAGCUGCAAUGGGACUCUAGCUUAGAUAUGCAUACUUUUAUUUUUUAUUUUUGGGUAUGCUGCAUCUUUAAACCAAAGAUUUCUUGCAUAUUGUAUGAAGUUCACACCACUAAUCCACUUUUGAUUGACUUUACUUUUUUAUUAUUUUUUUUUAAUUUAUUUGGACUGUAAAUUUUCCAUAUGGUUGUAUUUGUGUGCACUAACUCAGGUCAUUGGAUUUCUUUUCCUUU